GAUAAAAAGUACUUAGAAAAUUAUACAAACGAAGGAAACAUGGUUACCAUUAUGACAGCAUUUUUGGUUUAUGGUUUGCGUCUGGGAAUCAACUGAAGCAGACUAGGGUCUGCCUACAUGAAUUUCAAACUUUUUUGGACCAAAACGAACGCUUACAUGUUAAACCGGCUCGAAAGAUAACUUGAAACAUUACACCCUCAGUAUUGUGCAGAAUGGCCUCAAGUGCACUAAAUGAUUCAAAGAUCACAGAUUAUUUCCCGCCAAGCCCCUCACUAGAUGAUUCUAAAUGUGAACAUUCUGCACAGAAAGAGGAAGUUUCUGAUGUUGCCAGUACAAGAGUGUCAACAGACAAUGAUCAGUUAUCUAACUCCUCAGUCGUGAUCACACCAAAAUCUUCUCCAGACAAGGACCAGACAGGGGACACUGAGGAAACAGCCAGCAUCUCUAACAAACAAGGGGAGAUAACUAAAGAUCCAGAGUGCAAAAAGACAUUGACAAAGAAAUUAGAGCAGGAAGCAGAGAAAGACCUGCAGAGACCGAAGUCGAGGAAGAAAGGACGGAAAAAGAAACAGACAAGCAAACAGACAGAUACAGGGAAAACCGACGUUACAAACAAUGACACAACAAACAGUCCAGCAAAGCCUAAAGCUCCGAGGAAAAAGAAAACAGAAAGUGAUGGUCUGAAGAACACGCUGGUCACAGAUUACUUCCCAGUAAGGAGGAGUGACAGGAAAAGUAAAACGGAGCUCCAGAAAGAGAAAGAUGAAGGUUUAUUCAACAAAAUACUGUCUGGUUGUGAAGAUGGACUACAGGUUGAAGACAUAGAAAACAAGGGUCGUGGUGUCAUGGCAACCAAGAAGUUCCUGCGGGGAGAUUUUGUGGUGGAGUAUUCUGGAGAUCUGAUCAGUAUACCUGAAGCAAAGGAACGUGAUGCUAAAUACUCCAAAGAUCCAACAAAAGGCUGUUAUAUGUACUACUUCCAGUUUAAGAACAAGAAAUACUGUAUUGAUGCAACAGCAGAAAGUGGUAAACUUGGUCGUCUCCUGAACCACAGUAAAACCAAGGGUAACUGCCAUACCAAACUUGUAGAUGUCAGAGGUCAACCGUAUCUCAUUCUAGUCGCCUCUAGAGACAUUAGUGAAGGGGAAGAACUCUUGUAUGACUAUGGUGAUCGUAGCAAAGCAUCAGUAGAUUCCCAUCCCUGGUUAAAGUCGUGAUGAUAAAGAAAACACCGCAUUUAGUUUUAAUGAGACUCAUUCUGCAAUGAAAAUGUGAUGGGUGAUAUAUAAUACCGGCUAGAUAUUGUCUUAUAUGUGUAAUACUUGGUCAUGGACUGAUGUAUGAUAAACUUUAAAAACAUUUGAAAAACAUAUCCGUGAUUGCAGUUAGUUGUGUGUUUUAAAUGAGUAAUUCCUGUGACCAGGCGAGGGGGCAGAAAGUUUGUGAGAAACCUUGUUUUUACCUCAGUGUGCCAUUUUUAGCUCACCUGUCACAAAGUGACAAGGUGAGCUUUUGUGAUCACGCAGCGUCCGUCGUCCGUCCGUCAGUCCGUGCGUAAACUUUUGAUUGUGACCACUCUAUGGGUCACAUUUUUCAUGGGAUCUUUAUGAAUAUUGGUCAGAAUGUUCAUCUUGAUGAUAUCUAGGUCAAGUUCGAAACUGGUUCAUGUGCGGUCCAAAACUAGGUCAGUAGGUCUAAAAAUAGAAAAACCUUGUGACCUCUCUAGAGGCGAUAUAUUUCACAAGUUCUUCAUGAAAAUUGGUCAGAACGUUCACCUUGAUGAUAUCUAGGUCAAGUUCGAAACUGGGUCAUGUGCCUUCAAAAACUAGGUCAGUAGGUCAAAUAAUAAAAAAACCUUGUGACCUCUCUAAAGGCCAUAUUUUUCAUGGGAUCUGUAUGAAAGUUGGUCUGAAUGUUCAUCUUGAUGAUAUCUAGAUCAAGUUCGAAACUGGGUCACGUGCCAUCAAAAACUAGGUCAGUAGGUCUAAAAAUAGAAAAACCUUGUGACCUCUGUAGAUGCCAUAUAUUUCAUGAGAUCUUCAUGAAAAUUGGUCAGAAUGUUCACCUUGAUGAUAUCUAGGUCAAGUUCGAAACUGGGUCAUGUGCGGUCCAAAACUAGGUCAGUAGGUCUGAAAAUAGAAAAACCUUGUGACCUCUCUAGAGGCCAUAUAUUACACAAGAUCUUCAUGAAAAUUGGUCAGAACGUUCACCUUGAUGAUAUCUAGGUCAAGUUUGAAACUGGGUCACGUGCCUUCAAAAACUAGGUCAGUAGGUCAAAUAAUAGAAAAAGCUUGUGAUCUCUCUAGAGGCCAUAUUUUUCAUGGGAUCUGUAUGAAAGUUGGUCUGAAUGUUCAUCUUGAUGAUAUCUAGGUCAAGUUCGAAACAGGGUCAUGUGCGGUCAAAAACUAGGUCAGUAGGUUUAAAAAUACAAAAACCUUUUGACCUCUCUAGAGGCCAUACUUGUGAAUGGAUCUCCAUAAAAAUUAGUCAGAAUGUUCAUCUUGAUGAUAUCUAGGUCAAACUCGAAAGUGGGUCACGUGCCAUCAAAAAGUAGGUCAGUAGGUCAAAUAAUGAAAAAACGUUUUGACCUCUCUAGAGGCCAUAUUUUUCAUGGGAUCUGUAUAAAUGUUGGUCUGAAUGUUUAUCUUGAUGAUAUACAGGUCGAGUUUGAAACUGGGUCAACUGCGAUCAAAAACUAGGUCAGUAGGUCUUAAAAUAGAAAAACCUUGUGACCUCUCUAGAGGCCAUACCCUUGAAUGGAUCUUCAUGAAAAUUGGUCAGAAUGUUCACCUUGAUGAUAUCUAGGUCAAGUUUGAAACUGGGUCACAUGCCUUCAAAAACUAGGUCAGUAGGUCAAAUAAUAAAAAAAAACUUGUGACCUCUCUAGAGGCCAUACUUUUCAUGGGAUCUGUAUGAAAGUUGGUCUGAAUUUUCAUCUUGAUGAUGUCUAGGUCAAGUUUGAAACUGGGUCAACUGCGGUCAAAAACUAGGUCAGUAGGUCUAAAAUUACAAAAAUCUUUUGACCUCUCUAGAGGCCAUAUUUUUCAAUGGAUCUGCAUGAAAAUUGAUCUGAAUGUUCGUCUUGAUAAUAUCUAGGUCAGUUUUGAAACUGGGUAAAAACUAGGUCACUAUGUCAAAUAAUAGAAAAAACGACGUCGUACUCAAAACUGGGUCAUGUGGGAACAGGUGACCAAUUCAGAACCAUCAUGGUCCUCUUGUUCAGAAUGGAAAUCCUUUCUUAUCUACAAGGAGAUGCUCAGCCAUUUUGAAUCUUUUUAUAUCAGCCUUUGGGUAAUGAUUUUUAGCUCGACUAUUUGAAGAAUAAGUAGAGCUAUCCUACUCACCACGGCGUCGGCGUCGGCGUCACACCUUGGUUAAGUUUUUCGUACCAUUCCACAUUUUGACAAAGUCUUGAGAUAAAGCUUUGAAACUUUCAACACUUGUUUACCAUCAUCAUGGCCAGUUAUAGGCAAGAGCACAUAACUCCAUCAAGGAUUUUGGCUGAAUUAUGGCCCCUUUUGACUUAGAAAUCAUGGUUAAAUUUUUCGUACCAGUUCAUAUUUUGACAAAGUCUUUUAAGAUAAAGCAACUUUCAACACUUGUUUACCAUCACCAUGGCCAGUUAUAGGCAAGAGUACAUAACUCCAUCCGGAAUUUUGGCUGAAUUAUGGCCCCUUUCAACUUAGAAAUCUUGGUUAAGUUUUUCGUACCAGUUCAUAUUUUGACAAAGUCUUUUAAGAUAAAGCUUUGAAACUUUCAACACUUGUUUACCAUCACCAUGGCCAGUUAUAGGCAAGAGUACAUAACUCCAUCAGGAAUUUUGGCUGAAUUAUGGCCCCUUUCAACUUAGAAACCUUGGUUAAGUUUUUCGUACCAGUUCAUAUUUAGACAAAGUCUUUUGAGAUAAAGCUUUGAAACUUUCAACACUUGUUUACCAUCACCAUGGCCAGUUAUAGGCAAGAGUACGUAACUCCAUCAGGGAUUUUGGCUGAAUUAUGGCCCCUUUCGACUUAGAAAUCUUGGUUAAGUUUUUCGUACCAGUUCAUAUUUAGACAAAGUCUUUUGAGAUAAAGCUUUGAAACUUUCAACACUUGUUUACCAUCACCAUGUCCAGUUAUACGCAAGAGCACAUAACUCCAUCAAGGAUUUUGGCUGAAUUAUGGCCCUUUUUGACUUAGAAAUCUGGGUUAAUAUUUCGUACCAGUUCAUAUUUUGACAAAGUCUUUUGAGAUAAAGCUUUGAAACUUUCAACACCUGUUUACCAUCACCAUGUUCAGUUAUAGGCAAGAGUACAUAACUCCAUCAAAGAUUUUGGCUGAAUUAUGGCCCCUUUUGACUUAGAAAUCUUGGUUAAGUUUUUCGUACCAGUUCAUAUUUUUUGUAAAGUGUUUGACAUAUGGCUUUUAAACUUUUAUCACUUGUUUAGUAGAAUAGUCUCUAUCUGUAGGAAAGAGAACAUAACUCUGUAAUCUAUUUUGGCUGAAUUAUGGCCCUUUUUGGACUUUGAAAUUGGUUCUGUUUUCAUACAAGUCCAUGUUUUGUCAAAACUAUUUGACAUAUGGCUUUUAAACUUUGAACACUUGUUUAUCAUUAUGAUUUCCAUCUGUAGGCAAGAGUACAUAACUAUUUUGGCUGAAUUAUGGUCCUUUUUGGACUUUGAAAUUGGCUCAUAUAUUGCCAUUUAGUGCAAGACUUAUCGAAAUCAAAGUAAUACAGGAACAUUGUUUGUCUAAUCUAUUUAUUUCUUUUGUCUGAAUAUCUGUGGAAAUAUUUUGACCCCAUUCUUCAAUCAAUUCUUCGAAUAGUCGAGCGUGCUGUCAUUAGACAGCUCUUGUUAUUAUUAGAUAUUUUCGUGAAUCAAAAUUUGGUACAUGGUUUGCUGUCAGGAAAGUUAUUUAUUUUUGAGUCUGAUGUCACAAAUUGUAGUGCCUAUUUAAUAGCAUGAAGCAGUGCCAGUUUAAUAACAUAAAUCUUUUAUAGAAAGAAUCAGUGUGUCAGAUGUUAUGGUCAGAAAGAGGCAUUUCAGAUAAAAUUGUCACCAGAUCCUGUAAGUUCUAUUCUUUUAUCUGUUUCAUGAUGAGAAAAAAAAACAUCCACAGAAAUGCAAGAAUGUUAUAUAUUUUGCACAACCCUUUAACAACACUAUCUUGUUUAUUGUGAAGGCAGACAGAGACAUACUGUAUGAAAAAGAAUAUUUAUGCUUAUUAGCAAAGUAAUACAUACAAUAAUGUCUAUAUUUAAAACUUAUUUUCUCACCUAAGAUAUAGAUUAAUACAAGAGGCACAAACAAACUAGGAAAUGGAACUUAGUCAGAAAGUUGCUCCCAGUACAAUCUGGGAUAGGUUUGAAUGUUUCUCUAUUAAAUUUGUGUCAAGUUUUAAACUGGUUUAUCAAACUAGGUUUUCAGAUCAAAUGAUAGAAAAAUGUUAAAAGUCUAGAGGCCACGUUUACGACAUGAUUUUCAUAAAACUUUGUUGGAAUGUUUGUCUCUAUGAAAUCCUGAUAAAGUUUGAAACUAGGUUCCUUUAAGUAAAAAAAACUAGGUCAUUAGGUUAAAUCAUAGAAAAACAGUAAGGCUACAUUUUCUUUCUUAUCUUUUUGAUGCCUGGUUAGAAUGUUUGUUGUAAUGAAAUCUAGGUCAAGUUUUAAACCUUGGGGUCAAAAAGUAGGUCAACACAUCAGAAAAACCCUGUAAAAAAACAGCAGAAGUCACAUUUCUACCUGGUUGUAAAGGCACAUUGUCAAAAUGCUUGUCAUUAUAAUUUAUAGGCUUAGUAUGAAACUAGGUCAACUGGGGGUCAAUGAUCUUUUUGAAUUCUGGUCAGAAUGUGUGUCUUUAUAAACUUUAGGUGAAGUUCAAAACUGGGUCAUCUGGUUUAAAAGAAAUAGGUCACUUGGUCAGAUUCAUAAAAAAUCUUGGUAAAUAAGUUCUACAUGAUUUACAUAAAACAUGUCAGAAUAUUUGUUUAAACAGGAUCAAGGUAAGAUUGGAUACUAGGUCAUAAGGAGUACUGUGAAAUGUUUUAGUUUCAUGUGCAUAAAAUUUUGUGUUUCUGGCAAAUAUGACCAUUCCAUGGGGACACAAAUUUGUGGAUUUUAAAUUUUGAACACUGAUUGGAAAAUGUUGUUGUUUGAUGGGAUUUAAUUUUGUUGAUUGACUUAGGGCCUACCAACAAAAUCAGUAAAAAUUAGUUUGUCAUGGAAAUUUAUUAUUUCACCAUAUGAACUAAGUUAGGAGAGCCUUGCUGGGCCAUCAUGCCCUUCUUGUUUACAGUAAGGAACUCAAUCGUCCAGAACACUAAAUACCUCGUAGUAAAUGUCAUACGAGUGCUGUGCCAACUAUUUCAGUGAUCGCAGAUAAUAUGAAUGUAUAGAAAUUGGAAUGAAUGUUUGAGACAGAGAUUUAUCUGAGAUUUACAUCUAGUUUUGGUAAAAAGAUUUUUCAUUUUGGCAAAAACUCACUAGGUCAAAAACCUUUAACAGAUGUGCUGUGAUAAAUCAGUAUUCAAUACUUCCUAUACCAGAUUGCUUCGAUACAUAACUUAUAUAAGACGAGGUAUGUUCAUACUGCAAGUCAGUUCUUCCUGAAUCUGGCUUGGCUAGAAAAAAUGUUCUUGAGAAUUAUUCUCAGAUUGGAAAUUGUAUGAAAGAUGAUGUUUUUAAACAUUCUUGAAAGUAAUAAUAUUUCAUAAAUGAUCUCAUAUAUGUAAAUAUUUUGUACAUUUUUAUGUUGUUUUAGAGUAGACAUUUCAAAGAACAUAAUUCCAGGUAUUCUGUCUCGAGUUAGAAUUGUAGAGAAUACUAGGCUUUAUUCAGUUGUUACUGUUAGGCUUGCUUGAAACCAAACCUUGUUCAUUUGAGAAUCUAGAAUAGAUGUUUGUACAAUUUAAGAUGCUAAAAAAUAAACAUGUUGUUUAAAUACAUCAUAAGGUAAAAAUCUGUCUUAUGUGCAGGAGAGAAGAUUGUCCACUGCCAGCUGGGUUCCCAGCAAUUUCAGUUUUUAGCCAUAUUGCCUUAUAUGGUAGGAAGUCCUCAGUAAUUUUCUGUAUUUGAAAAUAUUAAUUUAUGAAUCUUUUACAGUUAAUUUGUUGUGAUAUUACAUGUGGGCAUUAAUCAUAUUCAUUACACAACUCCAUUUUAUAAUUGGCAGAUGUACCUUUAUUGAUUUAUGCUUGAUCUGAAAUCUGGUAGCCAGUCAAGUUGUACAUUGUACAUAGCUUUGUGCCUGAAUAAGUGUUUUAUCAUUUACCAGUCAUUAAGUGUCAUGCAAAUAAAAACUUUGCUAGAAAGAGUAAAAAGCUGGAUGGACACUGCCGGAUGUCCUACCAGUUGGCUCACUGCCAAAUGUCUGUCUGUCCAUUUAGGAAACUGACAAAUGUCCGUCCAGCUAGUACGCUGUGGAAUGUCUGUCAAGUUGGGAGGCACAUGUUUUCUGCAGAGAUUAGAUGAAGACAGUAUGUCUGAAGUUACUUGUCCACGUCUGAAUUGUCAGUUUCUUGUUCGGAACAGUACCUGUUAGGACUUACGAACAUUUGUAAGGUAAAUUUACAUGACUGAAAUUCUGUUAUAAAGAUUUAACUAUACAGAACAAACAAACCAUGUAUAACUGAUAGUGAGAGAGUAAUGACUUCUGUCAAGACAAGCUACUAGUAUUCAGUGAGUGUACAUUGAUUCAUGUACUUAAAAAAAUUGCCAUUUUUGCCAUACUAUCUCAUUUUCAUCUGCACAUGAAUUAAAAUAUAUAUUAACUUAUUAUAUUUUAUGCAUUUAACCUACCUAAGUUAACAGUAGUAUUCUUUGAAUAAAUUGAAAUAGAGUAAAAUCAUGAAAUGAAAUUUUGCAUUUGGUAGUUAAGCAUUUUCAUUAUUAACAUGUUAAAUAAUUUGUUGUGUUGAAAUUCAGUAUUUCAAAAUUAAAACAUACAUAUGUAUGAA